AUGCGUCUUGCUCGAUGGAGUGCCAAUCAGAGAAUACGACCACAAGUCGCUCUAGUCGGACAGGAGCCAGUACUGUAUGCUAGAUCCGUGACAGAGAAUGUGGGUUACGGUCUAGACACCUACACUAAUGAGCAGGUUCAAACAUCCGCAAAACUAGCAAAUGCUCACGCUUUCAUCAUGGACACAACAGAUGGAUAUAAUACAAAUGUUCAAGAAGCCAUCUCAAAGAAUUUGAAAGGACGCACCGUAGUCCUGAUCGCUCAUCGGCUCAGUACUGUAGAAAAUGCAGAUAAGAUCGUUGUUAUCAACAAGGGUCGCGUUGAACAGAUGGGUACUCAUAAGGAGCUCAUAAAUCAGGAAGGCAUGUAUAAACUGCUUGUACAACGACAAAUGAUGGGUAAACAUUGA